GCUCACUCGAUACGACCAACAUUUCCCACCGACUGUUCUCUGUGAAGGCCUGUCAUAUCAGGGGUACCGACUGUAGCACUUGCACUGCUGGGUCUGAAGGAAGAUUAACAGAUUAUGAACCCAUGUUGUACGCGAGUUGUCAAACUGGCUGGUACUGACAAGGUAGGAAGUAGCGAUUAACCACGGAACGAAACUCUCCAUUUUGACACCCAGUCUGUCAGGUUUCCUUCCAAAAUUCACCGGUUAGGAAUUUGUGACAGUUGAUUUUGAUUUUGGAUUCGGGAAACAGCUUUAUUCGGGUCAGUACAUGUGUAUUUGAAUGUGUGUAAGACUUGAUAACACUUGGCAAAACAAGCUCUGAAAAAUAGUUUUGAGAGCGACUUCGACACCGGCUCCAUGUGCUAUUGCACAACGGUGCGCCAUAUUGGAUCGAAUAGUUCGGCCUCGAAGUGAAACUGACACGCAAGUUGCCAGAAAUAGUAACACUGAAGCGCAACGAUUGGUCCACAGUGACGGGUUUCUAAAACGAACCUGGUCACGUGACGGUUAGUAUAUAAGCAAGUGGGAUUCCCCUGGCCACUUGUUGUUGCCUGCUCGAUCGGACUGUGCACAUCGUGGUGGUUAGGCCCUUGAACCACCGACGAUUGGACUCCGAGGCUCCCAAGUUGUUGUCCACGCCGCUUCUGUGAGGACUGCGUAACUUACAGACUCUAGGUGAACAACGAGGCCAGUCGGAGUGUUGGGAUCACUCAUUAGCUUGCUGACGGCCUUCACUCGUAUUGUCUUGCUGCUCGCCGGCUGCCAGCUGAUCUGCUAGCCGUCAGGUCGCUUGUGACCUACUUACACAGGAGAGAAGAGAGAGCACGGCAACACCCGGCAGUCAGACAGCCAUUGCUCUUAACUCGGGUACAAACAGACGGCAGACAUGGAGAGCUUAGCUGAGGAGUACAUUAAUACAUUCGAUCUGGACCAGUUGGACUUUGCUGAAAUCAAGCGUGAGUUUGACGGGAGGGUCCGGUCGGCUUGUUGUGUAGCCGAUGCCCCUGGCCCAGUGAGCCCUGCAACCCCUGAAUGCUGUCUACCUCCCUCCCCCGCGCUCACGGACGAUCUUCCCAGCCCCAAGGAGCAGAAAUCUUUGCUGGAAGAUCUCAACUGGCUCCAGUGGAGUGCAGGUCUGCAACUGAACGCCCUGUGUGCUCCUGACUUCUCGCCAGAACAUGCCCUAGAGGAAAUCAUAAACUCAGUGGAAAGUGCUCCUCCGUCUGUUGCAACGUCGAUAGCGGACGACGAGGAAGACGAUGACGAAGACGAAGACGAAGACGACGACGACGACCUGAUUACCGAUUUUGAUGACAUUUCUGACGUUGACGAGAAGGUGAAAAAAGAACUCGACGACUCGUCUCAGGUGCCCCAGUCCAAGUCACGUGCGAAACAUGCUCGUGGAGAGCGUGCGACUCGUCUUGGUGAUGAGGAGUUGGUGACAUUACCGGUGCGGGAGCUCAACAGACGCCUGCAAGGGUUCCCUAAAGACGAGGUUCUCAGGCUCAAGCAAAAACGCAGGACACUUAAAAACCGAGGCUACGCACAAAACUGUCGCUCUAAACGUCUGCAGCAUAAAUACGAACUAGAGAACACUAAUACGACAUUGCAGCAGCAGAUUACAUCCCUGCAGCGUCAGGUGAACCACUUGACACGUGAACGAGACUUGUACAAGCAGCAGUGUGGCCUCCUGAGGUCACAGGUCAAGGCAGCAACACCCCCCCGGGGGAGUCGGGAUGGCUCUGUCAGCAGUAGCUACCCUAGCUCUCCCGACGACAACUUCUAACCCUACUUCCCUCCACCCUCCCUCCACCCAAGCUGACAGAUGGGGACUUCAUGCUGUGCCUAAAUUCUGUGAUUCUAAUGCUAAUUCAUUUUUUCUACAUGGAGAUUAUAUUUAGACUGUGCGUGCAAGUAAGGAGUGCUCGUGCCCGGUGCACGUGAAUUGAUGUUGCCAGAACGAGGAUUGAGUGCUAGCUAAGACCGGCAGCGUGCAGCCGACAUGGAAACCUCGCUGUUCAAGACUUGGAUACUUGCCAGCUCAGCUGAUCGUCUAACCAGUCCUGCCUCAGCGAAACUAGGUCAUCACAUUCACUACACUACAAAUACGUUAUAUAUUCUGCUAGACUUUUCAUCAGUCUCCUCUACAAUGCAAAAUAAGUGUAUCUACUGCAAUGACUGUGCAACUAGGCCUACCGACUACACAAUUCACCAUGGACUUCAUGCCAUAUGCUGUUGGUCGACUCACGGCGCCUCCCGCUUGCUGGAAGUGUAUUGAUUUUCUAGGUAGGCAACAUAUAGUCGAUGUGUCUUCUUUGUGUCGAACCCACAUACAAACUGAACGCUUCGAUGAGUUAUCGAUUAUGCCGGUGUUCCACAGAUGUUCAGCUGCACACUGGCAAAUAAUCCAAUAGUUUCUACAUAGUGCUCUAAUCAUGAAAGUAAUGUAGUGGCUUUUGGUAACUUAAAACACUGUUGUUACAAUGAAUUGUUGAAAUUGUUCUUCAAUUUUAUUAAUUAUUGUUGAGUGUUAAGACCAGAAUGCAGACAUCAUGCUAUUUGAUCAUAUCAAACACAUGUUUAUUGUUUCAAUAGUUUUCAAAGUCAUGUCUCAAAUAGUAUGAUGUUUGCCAAACGGACUGACAAUUUAUCUUUGAAAAUCUUGUGAUAAGAAUAUUCUGCCUCGAGCAGACUGAAGCUGUGCUAUUGCUGUAUUUAGUGCUGAGUUUCAUGGUUAAUUGUGUGAUAGCGUGUCACGUGACACUUUUACAUGCGUACAGCAGUCUCCACUUAUUUGUUAGUACAGUCGAACCUUGUUGUGUCGAAUUCCGGUGGUCUCGAACUCAUUUGGGAGCCCCUGUGUAUCCCAUUUAGCUUAACAUUUUCCUGAUGUCUGGAACCCCGGAUAACUCGAACUUUUUUCCAGGUCCUCACGUGUUCGAGACAACGAGGUUCAAUUGUAGAUACCUAUGUUACACCAUAUGAAAGUUUAAAUGUUUAUAUUGUUAAUUGAUACUAUUUAGUAGUUGAUAUUUUUAUGGUUAUUCCUGUAAUUUAACCUGUUUUAGUUCACUGCAUGUUUGAUGUUCGUGUCGACUGUUGCAGAACUAACCUGAUAAUAACACUGAACAUAUCCACGUGUUAAACGUGUACAUAGUUCACUGCUGCACGUAUACAGUUACACACGUGCGUGUGUCCCAUUCUGUCACAUCUCCUGUGCAUUCUCUCACCAAAUAGUGCUGAAGCACUACUGGAUGUCUCCGGUGUGAAGACCUGACCAAGGGCAAACAACUCAGUAGUUUGCACGCGGGACACCUUCUUGACUGUGAUAUAUGUAAAUGUCAGUGCACUGACAGCCAUGUUGUCAUGGUGAUGAAUCUUUACUGCAGGAAUGUGCUGUUAUACCAAUAUACUGUCGGUUGAAGGCGACUGACGUGUACCGGACUUGUAAGCCUAUUUUGUAAUGCUUAUAUUUCUCCCCCCGAUUGAGUGCUGGGGAGGAGUUGAUCUCGGACAAACCGGCAGAUGACGAUUGACUAUGAAACUGUGUGUGUAUGUAUGAAGUAUAUAAGAUUAAAACGACAAAAAAAGCAAAAACUAACAUAAAAAGGGCCACAACAACCAAAUACCUUGUAUACGUUUAUCUACUUGUAUGUAUGUGUAUGUAUGAAAAAAAAAACGAAAAAAAAUCUUAUUCCUUGCUGUGGAAUGGGGCAAAAAAAAAUAGCAAAAGAAAAAAAAUAUACAAAAAUAAAAAAAAGCUUGGACGAGCAGAUGUAACACUACUGUUGCUGGGUCCAGCUCCCGAACUUGCCAGUCAAAUUUUGUUGUCUCAUUUGGGACAAUCGCACCCAACAAGGUGUGACCAAGGCUUGACCAGGUCGGUUACCUCCCUUGGCCUCGCGUGAAUUCCAUCCUCACGUGCAGGCUGAAGGGGUUGUCAUGAAUGAUGUAAAUCCCAUGUCUGCCGAGCGAGUCGCCACCAUAUUGUCAUCUCGAGGCACCUCCUCGGUGGGACCUUUUGUCAGGUUCAGUGAUGUGUUGAUUCAUUGUUGCAAACUGUCGUAAGUAAAGCUCUUAGUUGAAACUGAAAGAAUGUGAUAUUGCUUAUGACACUGACACUUAUGUUAACAUGUUACCAUUUGCUGUAAAUAGUGUACAUACCUGUUACGUGGGAGUUACCUCCCCUUGUUAUGUCAGUAGGCGUCAGACUGAAUGACCUGUCAAGAGUGUAUCACGUAUGUCUCAGAGCGUGACCCCCACCAGGGGGCGCGUUGUUCACUGCAUUUGUUGCUAUUAGCUUUACCUAUGGUUCAGAUUGUCAGCUGACCUAUUUAAAGCAUUAAAGCAUAAAAAAAAUGA